AUGGAAAAGUCGAGCAAUUUAACCGAUCACGUGUAUAGAAGAGCUGAAACACGUGAUAGACACCGCCGAAAUGCCAUAUUUUAUCAGGAUGAAGACGAUGAGGAUGUUAUAUAUGAGGAUCGAACAGCUCUCCAGACUGGCAGAAGAGUUGAGAACUCAUACAGGAAAUGUUAUAUUAACACCAAAGAAACUACGAAAAGUUAUCUUAACAAUAAUUCGAAUCAUGAUCAAUCAGAGUCUAAAGAAUACAGAGAAGGCAGUCCCGAAGGAGAUGCUCCCAUAUAUCCCUUAAAUCCACCGGACGAUCCAAAGGAUCCUGACCAAGAUUGUGAUCCUGCAGAACGUAGCCGCAUAUUCCGUUCGAAGUGCACAGACAAGUCCUUGCCUUAUGUGAUCGCAGGAUAUGUUGUCGGUUUAUUAAUGGUCUUGAUCUGGUAUUACAGACAUCCAGAAAAAGCAUGCCGCGAUCUAAAUGGAAAAUGGGUUUUCAUUGUCUUGUUUUUUCUUCUGUUGAUCAUAUUAGUUCAGAGACGUCCAGCAAGGUGCAUUGCAGCCCUAUGCCUUGCAAGCCUAGCAAGCUAUCAAUUUCGGGCAGUGAUUAUAGCUCUAGCUUUCUUGGUGGCGUGUCUGGGACCUGUUAAAAAUAUAAUCCACAACAUAUGCAUCAUGGCGAACUCUGCAUCCUGCGGACAAAAUGUUCUGAAACAGGCACUGAGGCUCAUGCAACGUAUUAUAUAUGAUCCUUCUCGAUCGGUGGAAGAAGCUUUUCAAUCCACUUUGUCUGACGCUCGCAGGCUCAUGGAUAAGUUAGACAGGCUUUUAAUGAGCCUAGAGGGACCCAUAGCCCAAAUACAUGCCACAUAUAACACCUGCACUAGUUGGUUGACCUUGCAACGGGAUCACUUUGACGUCAAGAUGGGGACUCCCUACAAUCGCUGCUUGAAGGCAGGGAACCUGAGUAUUUCUCAGUGCAAAAGUGAAUUCCGCAAGGAAACUAAAAAUUGUUGCAAUCAACAACGAUUCGCUUGGUUCUGUGAUAGUCUAAAGGGCGUGAAAAGCUUUUUCGAUGAUAAUCUUCAAUGGUCCCAGAUGAUCAUUGAGGAAAUAUUCCAACGCUUGCAUUUAUGCUUCAUAAAAAUCAGGUUCAUUUUUAUAACCACCAUUAGUUUUGAUCACACUUCGAAAUUGAAUUCAUCAAGUUCUCUAACCACCAACAAAGAUCUUGUAAACGACGAUCAGGAUAUAGGUAAACACUUUGAGUUGCAGAGACGAAAGUUCUUGAUUGUCUUUCUGUGGCUUGAUUUGAUUAUCUUUGUACUCCUGCUGACUGUGAUCCUUCAAUCGCUGUACUUCUGGUUCCGCUACUUGGCAGGUGACAGCUUUGAGAAUAUCUAUAUAACAAAAGAUCUAGAGAACUAUGAUGAUGAUUACUAUGAGGUUAUGGGAGCUCGGGCCUUGCCCUUGAGCAGCUGUGAAGAAAAUGAAUAUGUGAAGCUAAGUUCCAGGAGGCUUCUACCCAGAGAGUACAGUACUAUAUGUCGUUCGUGGAUGUUUCUGAUGAUCACGGGAAUCCAGCUUUUCUGUAUUUGCUAUGUGGACUACAGUCUCUAUAGUAUGCUUACUUUAAUGUCCAGUCAUGGACAAAUGGUCUCAACUGAUCUUCAAUCUUCUGCUUACGAAAAGAUUGUUAUUAAAGGCGGCGGUAUAAUAGGUGACAUCCUACGAGAUCUCGUUCAUGCUUUUGAGCCAAAAACCUUUAAGAUUAAUACCCAAAGAUGCCUACCAGUUCCAGGGAAGCCAAAAUAUCUCCGAUAUAUAUGGAUCUUAUUGCUAUAUCUGCUGGCCUGGUUUAUGGUCUUUUGGGAGCCAUAUGGACUCCGUCAAAGACACCGCAUCAUGGUCUACUUUUAUCCACAGAAUUCAAAGCGAAGAGCUCGCAAGUUGCACUACAUCAUCUUAAAGGAAAGAAAAAAUUUGUUUAAGGAUAGAUGUCAGCAAGCACGACUAUUAAACGCAUUUGAGAACAACAAUCAGCUUUUAAUAUGCAUUCCGUGGCUUAAUUCCCUCUUAAGAUGGUUUGGUUCACCAACAUAUUUGUGUCGUUGUCGAGGAUCUGUUCUUUGCAAAUGCUGCACCAUUUGCAAAAAACCGUUGACAAAAUAUGAUAAUAACCCCUGCGAUUUGCCAUCCUGCAGGGGAAUCUACUGUAAUAUGUGCUUCCAAGACUGUCACAAUGUGUGUAUUUUGUGCAGUGUCCCAUUCGACACUGAUAUAUUUGAGCUUGGGAAUUCUUCUAGCGAAUCCGAUGCUGACUGCAGUCUUGGAAACACUAACACCCAGCAGCGAGAUAAAAAAGCGUAGAGCUUUAUUUAAAAAAUUUU